AGCAGAGGAAGCACACAUCUCCCUGAGGAUAAAGUGGCUAUCACCCGGUACAUCCUGGGAUGUGCGUAGAAUUGGUUUCCGUGAGGAUCCUUUGAACCAGCUCAACGGUAUGGGGUACCACCUAGUCAUGGAGCCUCUGGGUGUGAAUUCUGGAACAAUGUGGACCUUGGCACUGUGGGUAUUCCCUCUACUCUGCAAAUCGAGCCUGGCAGUUCUGCCAACUAAGCCAGAGAACAUUUCCUGCAUCUAUUACUUUGAUGAAAAUCUGACUUGCACUUGGAGACCAGAGAAGGAAACCAAUGAUACCAGAUACAUUGUGAGGAUGACUUACUCUGAUGGGAAAGGAAGUUGCACUGGUAAUACUACAGAGGCUUGGUAUUCUUUUACCAGUUUCUGUGCAAUACCCCCAGACAACUGCAGUGUUGAAGUAGAAGCUCAGAACAGAGAUGGUCAAGUUAAAUCUGACAUCACAUAUUGGGAUUUAACCUCCAUAGUGAAAACCAAACCACCUAUAAUUUUAAGUGUGAAUCCAAUUUUGAAUAAAAUGUUCCAGAUACAAUGGAAACCCUAUGAAAAGAUUUAUGUGUUUCCUUUAACGUGCAUGCUUCGGUUCAGGACUGUCAACAGUAGCCACUGGACAAAAGUCAGUUUCGAGAAUUGUGGACGGGUCUACAACCUCACGGGGCUUCAGGCUUUCACAGAAUAUGUCCUGGCUCUAAGAUUCAGGUUCAAGGACUCAAAAUACUGGAGCAAGUGGAGCAAAGAAGAAACCAGAAUGACUAUGGAGGAAGUUCCACAUGUCCUGGACCUGUGGAGAAUUCUGGAACCAGCAGAUGUGAAUGGAGACAGGAAAGUGCUAUUGCUAUGGAAGAAGGCAAGGGGAGCCCCAGUCUUGGAGAAAACAUUUGGCUACAACAUACAGUACUUUGCAGAAAACAGCACCAACCUCACAGAGAUAAACAACAUCACUACCCAGCAGUAUGAACUGCUUCUGAUGAACCAGACACACCGCGUGUCCGUGACUUCAUUUAAUUCUCUCGGCAAGUCCCAAGAGGCGGUCCUGAGGAUCCCAGAUGUCCAGGAGGAGACCUUCCAGUGCAUCAAGGCCAUGCAGGCCCGCAUAGCUGAGCCCCUGCUGGUGGUGAGCUGGCAGAGCUCCAUCCCCGAGGUGGACACUUGGAUCGUGGAGUGGCUCCCAGAAACUGCAGAGUCCAAGUUCCCCGCUCUUUCCUGGGAAUCUGUGUCUCAGGUCACCAACUGGACCAUCGAGCAAGAUAAAUUAAAACCUUUCACUUGCUAUAAUAUAUCAGUGUAUCCAGUGUUGGGACACCAAGUCGGAGAGCCAUACUCAAUCCAAGCUUAUGCCAAAGAAAAAGCUCCAGGAGAAGGUCCUGAGGCCGGGGUGGAGAACAUUGGUCUGAAGACAGCCACUAUCACAUGGAAGGAGAUUCCCAAGAGUAAAAGAAAUGGAUUUAUCAGCAAUUACACGGUAUUUUACCAAGCUGAAGGUGGAAAAGAACUCUCCAAGACUGUUAACUCCCAUGCCCUUCAGUAUGACCUGGAGUCUCUGACACGAAGGACCACUUACACUGUUUGGGUCAUGGCCAGCACCAGAGUCGGAAGUACCAACGGCAAGAAAAUAAACUUCAAGACAAAGUCAAUCAGUGUCUUUGAAAUUGUCCUUCUAACAUCUCUGGUUGGAGCAGGCCUUCUUCUACUUAGCAUCAAAACAGUGACUUUUGGACUCAGAAAGCCAAACCGGUUGACUUGUCUGUGUUGUCCUGACAUCCCCAACCCUGCUGAAAGUAGUUUAGCCACAUGGAUUGGAGAUGAUUUCAAGAAGUCAAAGAUGAAGGAGCCUGAAAACUCUGGGAACACAGAAGACAGGGUCCUAAAGCCAUAUCCUGUCCCUGCCGACCUCAUUGACAAGCUGGUGGUGAACUUUGAGAAUUUUCUGGAAGUGGUUUCGACAGAGGAAGCCGGAAAGGGUCUGGAGAGCAUUUGCGGAGGAGAAGCGAAUGAGUACGUGACCUCCCCGUCUAGGCCUGACUGUCCCGCAGGGCAGUGCUUUAAGGAGCCCUCGGUGUUAGCUGAGGUCGUUUCUCAAGACCCCCAUAGCCAGUAUUCGGGAACAGCAGAGGAGGCAUACAUGGAAUUUGACAAGCAACCUUCAUCUUCCUGUCAGAGUCCAGGGCUAGAGCCUCCCUGUGAAGAACAUGCUCAGAAUCCAUAUUUGAGAAAUUCAGUGACAACCAGGGAGUUUCUUGUGCAUGGAUAUGUUCCAGAGCGCAGCAAGGGAGACUUCUAAGUGCUGCCAUGGCAUGAACCCCUCAGAGACUGAGUGAAUCUCUUCCUCAGCACAGACACUGAGACCUCCAGAAACCCCCUUUGACCCCCUGCCUGUUCAGUUUGCCACUGAGCUGCCCAGAAAUUGGUGACACAGGUGUCGACCUAUGCCAGGAAGAACGGAGUGUGUCACAGGGAAAAGGGAGUUUCUCUUUUCUGUACGCUCUCACGGAGGCCCCCGGAAAUGAUGGCCUCGAGAGAAGGGAGGGAAAGGGUCCUCCGGAGCUUGAAGGACCACCCCCAUCCCCAGGUGGACAUGUCUGAUCUUAUCCCCAGGAGCCAAGUUGUCCUGCCCAUUGCUGAAGCUCCCCUCAGAGUCCUGGACAGCUGUUUCAUUGUCACUUGACUCUGGUGGGAACCUGAUCUCUCCUCUUCCUCUCCUGGUCUCUGAACGCUUUCUCGCCUUUGUGGUGAGGCCCAGGGUAGAAUGGAUUCCUAACAGUGUUCUAUCCAGGCACCUCAGACUUCGCUCCGUCUCAGGGUCUUCAACGCUGCCCCUUCUGGGACUCUUCAUCACCAACUUGCACUUAUUUUUUGCAACCUUGGGGAUUGAUCCCAGGGACUUGUUUAUGCUAGGCAAGUGUUCUACCCAGCCCACUCACCCCAAGUUUAUGACGCAUUGACUGCUGCUAAAUCAAGAAAUCCCAGAAAUGUCCAGUAAGACACUGGCAGGGACUGUGUGCUAAGCAGCAGGUCAGCCUGCUUGGUGGGCCACUCCUCUGUCUUGUGCUGUACCUGGAAGGAGACGCCAAACAAGGUGCUCGGUGGCUUUUGUUCACAGAUACUGACCCUCACAAUGGCUUGGAGCCCAGGAGUGCUUACCCAGCAGACCCUCUUCCCCACCACCCCGAGCAAGGCCUGGUAAGAUAUAGCACUUAGCAACUUUAUUGCUGCCCUAGGAGGACCUCUGCCCUUUUGCUAUAGGCAAGCAUUGAGCUUGUGACAAAGAAGGAACCUUGGGCAGAAGUGCCAAUCACGGGAUUUAUUUGCUUAGGCCUGGGGAACUGAGUCCCUGCACACAGUGGGCCACCCUCUGGUCCCUUUGUCUUGCUCUCUCAAGCCUGGGAAGUGACUUUAAAAAACAAAACAAAACCAAAACAAAACACCAGGCUGUUUGACCCCAGGGCUGCCCCCCAACUGGCUCCCUUCCCACUGCUCCUCUGAGCUCUCUCUGGAAUUUCUGACUGGGGAGGCUCUGGCCUUGCCUUCUGUCUUAGCCUGGGGAGAAACAACCAAGCCCCCCCCCCCACACACACACACCUCCAACCGGGGGACCUUCAUAUCCCAGGAUGGUUAGAACAGCUGGCAGAGCCUCAAAAGACCUGACGAGGCUUUGGAAUGUAGGGUCCUUUAACAGUGGGGUGGGGGUGGGGGAGGAGAACAGAGACACCCCACACACACAUACACACACAUACACACACAUACACACACACCCGCCCCACCCCACCCCACACCCACGCACACAGGGCUCCCAGAGCUGAAGAUGCUGCCCUCUGCCUAACCUGUUUGACUACCGAUGCCAGAAACAUUUUCGGUUGCCCUUUGCACCUGCUCCCCGGCCCACUCCUGUUUCAUUUUAGCCUCCCGACUUCCCUUCUCCUCAGACUCUCUGAAAGGCCCAUCCCUCCAGCUCUCUGCCCCUUUCACUUCUCUCUCCACUCCUCAGCCUUCUUGUGCCACGCCCCAUACUUUCCUUUGCUGCUUCUGAUGGGUAGGAUGACGGAGGCCCUGAGCUGUCCCAGACAGGCUUUGCGGUGGUCCCAGCAGAGCCAGCUCUAAGGACACCCGGACUCACAGGAUGCAGGCUCAGAGCCAUGAUGGCUUCCCUCCUGGAUCACAUCACCACAUGUUCACACUCUGCCUCAGGGGCUGCCUCUGUGGGAAAAGAAGGCCAUCGGUGUUUUCUCUCUUUAUUGUCAAAGAAAAGGGCCGUUGGGAGGACAAGGAAGUCAUUCAGUGGCAAAGUCAGUAAGAAAUUAGGAAAUUCAUGUUAAAAAGCUUUCUGGGGCCUUAGGAACCAAGCAAACAUCUAGAUUAAUGCCAUCAAUGGUCUUUUUUUUUUUUUUUUUUUUAUUUGUUUUUUUCCAGACAGGUUUCUCUGUAUAGCCUUGGGUGUCCUGGAACUCACUCUGUAGACCAGGCUAGCCUUGAACUCAGAAAUCCGCCUGCCUCUGCCUCCCAGAGUGCUAGGAUUACAGGCAUGCGCCACCAUCGCCCGGCUUCUUUUAUUUUCAAUAACAGCAAAAAAUAGAGGCUGGGAAGAUGACUCAGAGGUUUAGAGGAUUGGCUGUUCUUCCAGAGGUCUUGAGUUCAAUUCAUAGCAACUCCAUGGUGACUCAUAACUGUCUGUAAUGGGAUCUGGCAUCCCAUUCUAUGUGUGCAGGCUUGCAUUCAGGCCAAGCACCCAUACACAUAAAAUAAAUAAAUCUAACACGAGAAAACAACAUUGAAGGAUGGCAGACAACCCAAUCUGUUCUUAACAGGAAAACAGAGACCAAAAAGCAGUGUUUUCCUUCUGCCAUCCCAAUAGGCAGUGCCAAGAGGAACCGUGGGAUACUGGACCCCAUGGGGGUCCGGUGGGGCUGAAGAUGGGGGAGCAGCAAGAAAGGAAUUGCAGUGAGGAUCCCUCUUGUGCUUGCAGCCAAGCCUGAGCACCAUCUCCAACCCAUCUCCUAAUCAAGCUCUUAGGUAUAGCAGACAGCUAGGUACCCUGUAGCCCAGAGGCCUCAGACAGCACCACCCCUCAGACCAGUCUAGGGGCUGUUUGUAUAGAUCUAUGAGCAAAUAAUGCUACUGGCAUUUUUAAAUGGUUAAAAACAAAAUUCUAAGGACGCAUAAUAUUGUGUGAUAUGGAAAGUGUGUAAAAUGUCAAUGCUUGCGAAUAAAGUUUACUGCCAGGGUCGGGGUUCACCAUGCCUUGCUUACAUGUUAUCUGUGGCCGAUUCACCACUGCAUGUCCAAAAACAACUUCAGUAACUGUGGCAGAGACUUAGGCCUGGAGAUCUGGCCCUUGGCAGAAGGUUUGUGGACAUCUGUCCCUGUGCGAGCCUCAGACAGCAUUGUCUUAACUCUGAGUCUGCUUCUAAAUUAAUAAAAAUAAAUCAAGAACCAAGAAACGGAGAGGUGGCUUAGCAGGUAACCUCAAGGCUGGAGGCUGGAGGAUUGCUGAGCUUGCUAGCUUCCUGCUUGACUCCACAUUCAGUGAGGAACCUUGUCUCAAGGGAAUAACAUAAAGGAUGACACAAAGCCUCACCCUGACACACACGCGCAAGAACACGCACACGUGCGCACACACACACUUUCUGGGUUUCUAGCGGAGUGCCCGCCUCCCCAGCACCUAUCCCUUCCUGUCCCUUGCCCAACCCUGUGGCGAGUUGGUGGCUGUUUGUCACCUGUACUGGUUGUUCUCAGCCAGGGUUGAUUAUCCGUCCCACGUCCAACGUGAGACAGAUGAGCAAGGCCUUUGAUGCUUGGACGGCCAGGGCUGGGAAGGGUGCUAUUGGUAUCGAGAGGGCAGCCGCCAGCCAUGCUGAACCCUGCCUGCUAUGCACAGCCAGCCUCCCAGCUAAGCGUCACAGGUCUCCACGUGCUUGCACGCUGUGGUCUGUAAGACGCUGCUUUAGUUAACAGGGUUGUGCCGAACAUCUUUUUGGUAUAGAGAAUGACUACGAUAGACAUCUUUGUUCAAAAUAGUUGUCUUACUUUUGUCCUAUCUACUUAGGGAUGCUUACAAAACUAAAUUUGCUGCAGGUUUUGUGAUCACAUCUUGCCUGAUACAACCUCAAAGGCUACAGUGGCUUUUGGUGUUGGCAGAGAUGGCUGAGGGAUAGUUUGCCUUCUCCACUCUUCCCCGCUGUGAGCUUGAUUCUGUUCCUCUUAAUUCUUUGAUGUCAAUGCUAAUUUUCCUUCCUUUUUAUAAAAAGAUUUAUUUAUUUUAUGUAUAUGAGUGCACUGUAGCUGUACAGGUAGUUGUGAGCCAUCAUGUGGGUGCUGGAAUUUGAACCCGGAACCUUUGGAAGAGCAGUCAGUGCUCUUCACCGCUGAGUCAUCUCUCCAGCCCUGAAUGUUAACUUUCAUAGUGCCAUAGUCAGGCAUGCAAAAGUGAUGGUGUCUUGCACCUCUUAGUGUGAAGCUCUGAGGGAAUGGAGCCUAGCACAGGGUGUGAGGGGUCCUCAAUCCCGCUGUCAGUGGGGAGUUUGGGCAGAAGCACAGACAGCACCAGUCCGUGUUGGAAGAGAGCUCAGAGGCCACAACUGCCCCUCUGUAUUGAGUUCUGUGUGCACAGUCCUGGCCAAGGCGCCUGCCCCGAGCUGCUGAGAAGGCUGUGGAGGAAGAACUCAGGACAAAGCAGUGUGAGCAGGGCCCCCCCGCGGUCCUUCAGAGGAGGUUGGAUGCACACGUUACCAAUUUUAGACAUGGGAGCGGAUGGGGUGAGAUGGGAGAGAACUGGAAAUGAGAAGAAAAAUCUGCGAGCCAGAACGGGCACAGAGUUCCAAAUGACUGCAGCAACAAAAGAACAGCAGUGUCCCCUGAGGCUGGGCAUGUUCACUUCUCCACAGAUUUAUUAUGUGUCUGGGUGAUAAUAUAUGACACAUAUGGGACCUGUGUGGUGCGAGGUAGGGAUGAAAAAUGUCACUAUUGCGAUGGGAGGAGCUUCCCAGGUUUUUGUCAACAAAUUUGUAUUUUGACCAUCCAUAGAAAGCCAUAAAACCACCUUUAUAGGGGGCUGGAGAGAUGACUCCAUGGUUAAGAGCACUGACUGCUUAUUCUUUCUGAGGUCCUGAGUUCAAAGCCUGGCACCCACAUGAUGGUUCACAACCAUCUGUCAUGGGAUCCAACAACUUCUUCUAGUGUCUGAAGAUAGCUACACCAUACUCACAUAUCACAAAUAAAUAAAUCUUUUUUUAAAAAAACUAAAAGAACCCAUCUUUAUAAUAUUCUGUACUUCUCCGGUUUCGCCUGCUUCAUCUGCAACAUAAUAACUUUAUUGAUUAUUUGGGAAUCUCACAUCAUGCACCCCAUCACGCUCACUUCCCAGUACUUCCGUCUCUGCCUCCCCAC